UUAGCCAUUGCGUCGAAAAUCCUUCAAAGGGUAACAGAAUCCACUCUUUUCUUCAAGUUUGUGGAACAAAACUCACAAAGUUGGAGAGGUUUUCAAGUUUCUAGGAGACAAUACAUACGUCUGUUGAGUCAAUGAGAGUGAUCAGAAACACUGACUUGAUAUUAGACAAGGGUUUUCAAACAGACUGGAAAGAUUCUCAAGUCAAAGUCGAACAAUUCACAGACAAAACUCAACUGGUCUUUCUCAAUAGAAGAAAACGUUGUUCAAAGGAAAUAGCAAGAUCAUCUUUCCUCGUGGUUUUUUGUGGUCGCAGUUUUGUAGAUAUGCUUUUCUUGUUCACGGCUUUAUAUCCAGGCCUGUUUUUAGAAUUGUCUAAACCACUACUAGUGUAUGUGGAUAAUGUGGUACUACAAACUCACGAGUUGAUCAAUGACUUGUGAUUCCUUUUGUUCUGUUCUAUUAAUAUUUCUAGUACAACCUUUUGUCUGCUAUAAAAUUUCUUUGCUUGUA